AUGGUCAGCAAAACGUUCAUACCUGCACCCUCAACCACCCCACAACUCGCCGCGUUCUUUGAAGAUGUUCCUGUUGAGGAAUUCACUGCUCUUCGCUUUUUCAGAUUUAUGAAGUUCAAGUCCGACGAGCGGCAGCUAGCCUCCCAUCGGUACAAAGAACUUUAUAAGCACGCUCUAUCAACUUGUGAGCCACAGGCGCUUCGUAACAUGGUCGCAGAUUGGUCCAGUGGGAAAAGGGAAAGAGACAAGUUCUGGAGCGACUUGAAAGCUGCAGAAGACAGAGAAGCGCGCCUGUCCGAGCAUAUUUCUUCCAUUGAGAGCGAUGUAAUGGAGAGAGGCGAGAUUGUCACGGCAGUGCCCAGAUUUGUACGCCGUCCCGGUUCGCCAACCCCUGUGCCUCUUGAGCAGGCACACAUCGCUGACAGCGUCCAUGAUAGCCGGUCGAGGGCUGUACUCCCACCGGGACCAUCCACGGAAGCCCAAGAAGUGGGAGGAGCUUGUGCCGCGGUUGAAGGAAUUUCGCAAAAGAAGCGGCUUCAUGGAUCUGUCGAAAGAUGGAAUCAUGGAUUUUACGACCGGUUCCAGGUUUCCGAAUCCCUUGCACAGGAAGAGUUUGACGUCGCAAUGAAAGAUUUUCCAGAGAUAACUGAGGACUUCCCAGAGCUCCACGAGCUCAAGCAGUUGUUGAAAGACGAUUCUGAAUAUGACUUUGAUGACUUCAUGAAUAAGCUGUGUAACCUCGCGCCGAAUACUCCCGUGCGCAGAUUCGUGCAAGGUGCUUUGUCCUCUUUUGCAAACUACUUCCCUCGCCACGACAUAGUGCCUGACAUCGAAGAGAAACAAGGCACAUUCGAUCUUGUCUGUCCCUUCGUCCGUGGCGCACUAAACCCCUUUGUUAUCGAGUCCCGAAUAAGCGAAAUUGCCAUCGCAGGCAAUGGGGAGCGCAAGAACGGCUCCAAAGAUUACUCGGAGAAGAUGGAGAAGUGCAGACGUGCGGAUUUAACAGCGGAGGACACAGAGGGAAAUCAGAUUUUCCUUGGAGAAUGUUCAGCCCCUUACGAGGACGACAAGAGGAAGCUACAUGAAGAUAAGUGGAAGCUGGGCCGGAGCCUGAAGGACUCCUGGGAAAGUAUCUGCAGGCAGAUUGUGGAUCGGAAGCAGCGCCCCCAUGGAGAUUUGUCGCUCUUCGGGGUUCAGUUUUUCGGAGAGACACUCCUGUUUAUGAAGUUUGAUUUUCGGGGCUCGUUCCGUUUGUGGGAGGUGGAAUCUUGCACCAUUCCCUGCAGAAAGGAUGCGUUCGUAAGAAAAUUUGGCUCCUGUUGCAAAAGCUCCCUUCGAUUUGUGCACGCGGUGGCGCAAGAGAUUGAGCAGCGAAAAUCCCUUACUUUCCUCACAGCCAAGGAAAAAAUGAUCCUCGCCCGCGCUGUCCGGAAGUUCGAGCCAACGACGAACACGCCUCCCUUCAAGAAGACCUACGUUCAGUAG